UUAUAGGCAGGGUGGCCAGAUCCCGCCCCGGAAAUGCGUGGUCUAGCUUUCUGUGUGCUUAGGUGCCCGAGCUACUGAGGGUCUAAGUCCGGGCAGCCGAAGAGUGUGGUAGGUAACGGUCGUCAGCGCAAGGGUCAUUUCGUCGCUGGGAAGGGACGGCCCUCGCCCGCGGUGAUGGUGGUUAGCAAGAUGAACAAAGAUGCACAGAUGAGAGCAGCGAUUAACCAAAAGUUGAUAGAAACGGGAGAGAGAGAACGCCUCAAAGAGUUGCUGCGAGCUAAAUUAAUCGAGUGCGGCUGGAAGGAUCAGUUGAAGGCACACUGUAAAGAGGUAAUUAAAGAAAAAGGACUAGAACACAUUACUGUUGAUGACUUGGUGGCUGAAAUCACUCCAAAAGGCAGAGCCCUGGUACCUGACAGUGUAAAGAAGGAACUCCUACAAAGAAUAAGAACAUUCCUUGCUCAGCAUGCCAGUCUUUAAGGGUGAACUAGAAUGUGUUGUUCUGUGGGUUUAUUUCUGAAAGUAAAACUUGCCAUAAAUUAGAAGUUGAUUUCCCAAAAUAAAGUCCUUUUUUGUAUGAUGGUAUACAGUUUUCAGUAAUGAUGUAUACAUUGUAUUGGUUUUUUCCCUAAAUGUGUUAUUUUAAUAAAUAUCUCAUGAAUGAGUUUCAAUUUUUUUCAAUUUUGGAAUAAAUGGGACUGUGUUUAUUACUGAUUGAGUAGAUAUGUUGAGAGAAAAUGCCAGCAAUUACUUACUAUAAUUCAGUAUUUCUAUGUGUGAUUCUCUGUACUAACAGCUGAGAAGGCUUUCUAGGUUGUCUAGUUAUGGUAUGUUCCUCUUUGAGUUCUCAUAUUUGAUAACUGUUAUGCCCUUGUCUUGUACUGUGGGUUAUUUGUCUUAUUUGUUACAAGUUCAGAGGGUUAGGACUGGGUCUUAUCUGUAUGUGCCUUUCUUGUGCUUCAAAGAAUUUACCAUCUAGUGGAAGACAACAUUUACAAGCUGGCUGCACACCAUCUGAACUUUGAAAGCAGCAUCUCUAAAUUGCAUCCCUAUAUACUGAGGUCAAGAAAGAACAUAAAUGGAAACUAAUACUCUGUACCCGCUAGCUUUCCUCUGCCAUCAGGAUUGCUAGAUCUAAUGGACUCUUGUCUGUUAUGUGACCUUCGCAGGGUGAUAAUGUUGACCAUCCUUCCAUUUGGAACUUUGCCUCCCAUUCCUCCCAUUGCUUACUACCAUUCGAAGUUCUUUCUGCUUGUUUUUGGUUGCUUGGGUUUUUUUUCAGGUGUUUUGUCGAGUACUUCUUGUUCUGUGUAACCUUCAGAUAAUGUUCUGUAGACUUUCGUGAGUCCUCUAGGUAACAGUAUAUUUUUCCCUGGCUUGAAACCCAGGAAAUGGGUCUGACCAUGGCUUCAAAUACCAACAGAUUGAUAAAUGCUAAACUUCCUCACAGCCAGACUUCAUUCCAGCCUCAAUACCCAUAUACCUGUCAACAAGUCUAGUUCCUUGGAUAUUACACAAACACCUUAAAAUGACCAUACUUUAAAUAGUAACUUUCUCCCUGGUAACUCCCCUUGUUGUAUUCCUUAUUCAUGGAAUAUAUCAGAUACAGAUUACUCAAGAUGAUUGUUAAUGCUAUUUCUGAAGGUAAGAGAUAAGAGGAUUAUUUCUGAGACACCCUAAGCUUGUGUUACUGCUGCUGAUUGAGGACCAUUGUGCAAUACCCGACAUCAACUUGGAUCAUCCUUUUUGGCCCUCUUAAGCCCAAGUGACUGCAGUGACCCCUUUGUGCCUCCAUUAUCUCUCCCUUACUGUUACUGCCUAUGUGGCCUUAUAAAAUUUAAGUCUGAUCAUUUUAUUCCCCUACUUGAAAUGUUUCAAUUCUGGAUGAAAUCCAAACUCUAUAUAUUAGUUAGGCCGUCCUAAGUCUAGUAUGUAGUCAUCUCCCCAAUCUGUAGAAUCCCCAACAUAUUACAUUGUUCUACCCCUUAGUCCUUUUCAAAACCCAUCAGCCUGGGAAGCCCUCUACGUCAUUUCAUUACUGCUUUCCCUUCAGAGUUCAGCUUGAGUUUUAAAUGUUCUGACAGUCCUGUGAUUUAAAUUCCUUGUCACUGAUUUCUUUUUGGAUUUUUGAGAUUGACUGUCCCUGUGUAGUCCAGAUAGCCUCAAACUCAUAUAGCCCAGGCUGGCCUUGAACAUGAAUCCUGAGAGCUGGGUUUACAGGCAUUUGGUGGUACAUCUGUAGGGGAGGAAACAUGACUUCAUUGUAUGAUGUACGUUUCUGAAUGGAUGAGUAAGGGAAUGAAUGGGCUGUUCUGCAGGAGCAUGAGAUAAAGUCCUGAUAAAUGGGGGUGUAACUGAGAAAAGGUUUCUCAAUUUUUGGUUCAUAGUUCACACUUAAAUGUCAUGAGUUCAAAUGUCAUCGAGUAAUUUGCAUAACUGUAAAUUAUAUUUGGAUCUUGAUCUAUGUACACACACAAAAUCUUACCCAAAGUAAUGUUGUGUUUCAGUUUCAUAAUGUAGAGUAUUGACAAUAGGGUUGUUCAUUUGUUGCCCAUUUUCAGAAAGGAAAUAGUCUUACAUGGUACACAUAAAAUACUAGAGAUAAGGGGUAGUUCUUCAUAAUUCUGUACAUAGAAACAAAUGGAAAAAGGGCUUAUAAAGAUACUGUUUUAAUAUCCUAAAAGUUAAAAGAAAUAACCAAGUUUUCGAAAUACCUUGAAAAUGGGAAAAAUAGCUGAAUUGAAAAUACUUUGUAGAAAUUUAAGUAAGAACAUAGAUUUUGGGUUUUGAAGGUGUUUUUUGUUUUGUUUUUCAUGUUAUUUUGGGGUUUUGCCGUUUGUUUUGAGACAGGGUCACAUGUAGUCCAGGCUUUCCCUGUACUUGCUAUGUAGCCUAGGUAAGCCUUGAAUACCUGCUCCUCCUACCUCUACCUCCCAAGUGCUGGGAUUACAGGUGUGUGCCACCGCCGGGGCCCAUAACUAAGUCUAGAUUUAAAUAAUGCUAAGACUCCCCUACCACUUUUUUCUUUGGCAUCUUAUAAAUGUCUUGUAGAUUGGAUCUAGAAUCACUGGUAUUUGUAAAUAAAUCAACUUUGUGAACA